AUGUGUCGGCGCGUGUUGCACGCCGCCAGGUUUCCAAAACACCCCUUGACGCUUCUGUUCAACGUUACGCGAGAGACCCCCCCCCUCACCCUCGCACAGCUGCCGCGCCCUUCUGCCUCUUGCCUUCCGUGCGUGUGCGAGUCUCGCAGUGUAGUUAGCGGCGUGGGCGGCUCGCAGUCGGCGGCCGGCAUGUUUUUCCUUCAGUGGUACUCCCUGGCGACGGCCCUGCUGCUGGACCUCGUCUGCGUGUUCCGGCUGGCGGUGCUGCGGCAGCCCCUGUCGCUGGCCACGAUGAUGUGGUUUGACCGCGUCGCCGACAGCCCGCAGGGGGCGGCGCUGCUCGCCGUCCUGCUGCUCUACCUGGCCCUGUCGAAGCUGCUCGUGGCCUACGACCCGCUCAACCGCUGGACGCUGCUGCUCGCCGCGGCGGGGGAGACGCUGCGGCUGGGGGUCUUCGCCGCGCUCUACGCCGACCUUGAAGGGGCGACGCAGCUGAACACCGUGGCCCUCGCCCUCUUCUUCUACAACGCCUACGCCUUCUGGUGGAACUGGAGCGCCAUGCAAAGGCUCUUCUCUCGCCGCUCACAUUAA